AAAUAAAUUAAUAUGAUAAGAGGAUUAAGAUUGCUGUAAAUGAGACCUAUCUUUUAUUUUGCUGCAGAUAAGACUCCAGCAACAACUUAAGGGAAAUAAUAAUAAGCAAAACCCAUUUAAGUUUAUAAAGAUGGAUAAUUGAUUACAAAGAAUUAUCUCUAAUUGAAGAAAUCAUAAGAUAUUGAAGGAUAUGUUUUAAGUUUGGUUAAGAAUUAUUAUAGAACUACUAAUAAAGUAAUAAAUAAUGAUAAUUAAUAAGUCAGCCUUAAAUUUAGAUUCAGAAUUGGAAUAACAUGGAUUAGAUAGUUUAGAUUCGAUUGAAUUGUCUAUGCAAGUAAUCUAAUAAUGAUAUAAAUUUAGAUUGAGGAAGAUUUAGGAUAUGUUAUCUCAGCUGAAACACUUCCAGUCUUGAAUAAGGUUAGACACUAUGUUAAUUACAUUAAAUAAGUUGAGCAAUAUAAAGUGGAAAAUAAUUCUGUUCCAUUAGCAUGAUGAAUAUCAAUAUGCAUAUUAAGUAUUAAUAAAAAAAUUAUUAUGAGAG